CAUCGCGCACACUUCAAUUUGAACAGCCGCGAAAAAUUAAGAUCAAAUUGAAGUGUACAUGAUUGUUAUUGACUAGUUGCAAUCGCAUCCUCAAAGAAAUUUACUAUUUUUAGUAAACUGCACAAUAACAGAACGAAGCGAAUAUCAAUAAUUACACAAAUAUAUUAAAUAUCUAAUAUGGUGAAAGUUGAAUGGUCUUGCAUUGUACUAGGCUGUAAAUCUAAUUCAAGAGUCCCUGGUCAUUUUUUCCCCAAAAAUGUCACAUUAUCAUGUAAAUGGAAAGAAGCUAUAAAUAAUGAUAUUAUUUCAAAUGUAUCAGCAGAGGAAUUAAGAAAAUAUCGAAUAUGUCACUUACAUUUCUUGCCUGAAAAUUACAUCUAUUCUCAAAAUCGUCGAAGAUUGAAAUAUGACGCAGUACCUAGUGUAAAUAUAAGUAAUCUUCUAGAAAGAGUAACAGCUGAAAUACAUGAUGCAAAUAUUACUGAUUGUGAACUACAGUCACAAUUGGAGACAAAUAGAUCUGACAAUGAGAUAAGUAGUAAUAGAAAUGAAAUUGCUACAAAUAACUCAAUAAGUGCUGAAACAAAUGUGUUACCAAAUAUUGAAAAUGAAUCAAUAAAUGAAACAGUUAAUUGUCCCAGUACACCAAAAACAUCAAGAACUAUACUUGCUUCUAUUACAAGGCAAUCCCAAUUAACACCAAAAGCACAAAAAAUAUAUAAGAAAGCUGUAAUGCUAGCAAAAGAAAGAAACCGGAUGAAAGGAAAAAUAAUACAUUAUAAAGGCGCCUAA